AUGCUAAGCGAUCCAGCAUACCGCCUCUCUGGGACGAUGCGUUCCCAUGAUCUCAUGAAGACCGAUGAGGCCGACCAAGCUGCAUGGGAAGCCGCGAGGGGCGCGGUAAGCGGCGCUGCUAAAUGGGGCGUGGCAACUGCCAUCCUUGGAGCCAUUGGCUAUGCUUGGUCGCCGGUGUAUAGAGCGACAACUAUUCAGUUCAAGGUGUACAUACAGAUGUCGGGCAUGGUGCUGGGCAGCAUGAUUGAUGCCGACUCAAAGCUCAGAGAGUAUGAGGCCAAGAUGAGGAUGCAGAGAAGGGUCCUGCGAGACAGGGCCAGAUGGCAACAGUACGAGGAAGAGCUCACAAGGGGAAAUGGCAAGUGA